AUGGCGCCGACAUGCCCGAGGCGGCUGCCCAUUGAUGCGUACUGCAAAUACUUGAGUAUUUUUCGUGAUCGGUUGUAUCCUGUUUGGCCAGUCGUGGAUGUCGAUGACUUGAUCGCAAAGCUCAUCCUCGACGUUAAUGAUCUUGAGUCAUACGCCUUGGCAGCAUCUGUGUGUGCUGCAUCUAUCGCUCAACUUCGGCUGCCAGAACAUACAGAAUUGUGCGAGGCGACCAUUUCAUCCUACCAAUUCGCCAGGGACGCUCAAACUAUUAGGGAGCAAUACGAUUAUCGGGAGUGCCAAAAGCUAUCAUCGAUACUGACACCAUUCUUCCUACAUAUAUACUUUGCAAAUGCAUCAAAGAUCAGAACCGCGGCCGUGUAUCUAAGGGAGUCAAUAUCAUCGGUGCAUUGGUUCGGGCUUGAUCGGCAAGAGACAUAUGAAUCACUAGAACAAAAAGAGAGGUCGCUAAAGCUGCGGAUAUUCUGGAUAUUAUUCAUAUCGGAAAGGACGUUUUGCGCUCAAAACUGCUUUCCGGCCUUGCUGGUGCCCAUUGACGAAAGGCCACCAUGUGAAGAGACAGAUAGCGAAUUCGGUUUCAUUACGCAGGCUUUUUCAUCUCUCACCCAUCUCUUUUCGCACCUAAAAAGCAAUAUCAUGGAAACCUCAUCGUCUCAUAGACCGGUCCUGGAUCCCGACAAAGUGGCCAUUGCUCAGUCGGACCUCUGUGCCCUUGUACUCAAUUCGUCCUUCACCGAGGUACAGCAGGUGGAUUUGUUUGUAACACGGCAGUGGAUUAGGCUUCUCAUAUGGGAGUACACCAUGAGACACUACAAAAUGUCGCGCACCUCAUCAAAUCAAGCGUUUUCAUUGCUCCUCCCAGUAAUGAUCGCCCGAGAGCUCCUCUCCCUUUUCCUGUCCGUGUCGGCAGAUUCAAUCUUUGCACACGGUUAUGGAAUGGAGCUCAAAGUAUUCAGAAUGGCCGAUGCGUUGCUAGAUAUUCUGGCUUGUUCACCUGGCUCAACAAAAGAAGGUGGUAUAUGUGCAGGAAUGGGCGAUAUUCUACACGGAUUAAAAAAAGUUCUAUUGGAUAUUGGGGGCCUCAAGUCGAGGUUUCUCGAUAACUUGCAGAUUCGCAUGUCUAACUCGGAACUGGCAAAACGGCCAUGGCCAUAUCUAAGCAUGCGAUUCCCGGGUAAUGAGGCUGCAGGACAAGGCGGGAAUGCAGUUCGCGAAGCGGAUAGCCACCUGGAAACAGAGUCAGAUACCUUGAAGGUUGUCCCAAUUCAGUAG